GACCAGAUUGAUACCCUGACUUCUGACCUACAGCUGGAGGAUGAGAUGACUGACAGCUCCAAAACGGACACCCUGAACAGUAGCUCAAGUGGGACAACAGCCUCCAGCAUAGAGAAGAUCAAAGUGCAGGCCAACGCCCCCCUCAUUAAACCCCCAGCCCACCCAUCUGCUAUCCUCACCGUCCUGAGAAAGCCAAACCCUCCCCCUCCCCCUCCACGGUUGACACCUGUGAAGUGUGAAGACCCACAAAGAGUGGUGCCCACUGUCAAUCCAGUAAAGACCAAUGGCACCCUUCUGCGAAACAGAGGCUUCCCAGGGGCACCAAACAAAAUUCCAAACGGAGACAUUUGCUGCAAACCCAGCAGUAACUUGGACAAGGCUCCAGUGCAGCCUCUGAUGCAUAGACCUGAAAAAGACAGGUGCCCCCAAGCAGGGCCUCGGGAGCGAGUUCGGUUUAAUGAAAAAGUCCAGUACCAUGGCUAUUGUCCUGACUGUGACACCCGGCAUCACAUAAAAAAUAGGGAGGUCCACUCACACAGCCAACCUGUCCACCCACCAGGAAAGCUUCCUCCCCACGGCCCUGCCCAGCCUCCUCCCCCUCAUCUCCCUCCUUUUCCACUAGAAAAUGGAGGGCUGGGAAUAAGCCACAGUAACAGCUUCCCCCCACUCAGACCUGCACCUGUGCCUCCUGCCACUGCACCAAAACCACAGAAGACGAUCUUGAGGAAAUCAACCACUACAACAGUGUGA